AAUAAUUAUCGUUAUGGACUCCUUUUACUUCGGAAAAUGCAUGUUACUUUACCCUCUCAACAUCUCAGGUUGAUGCCGGUACUCAGCCUUCACAGAAGGCACACGAACGUACCUACAUGUCUUUAAAACUCGCUCGACCGCAAUGCCGCAGGGAGGACAUGCAGACACCGCACAGAAGGCGCUCCAGCGGAGAGAGUCGAUCUGGCAAAUCUCUUGCUGUGACUGCCAAUAAUGCUAACCGCUGUCACCACAGUCGGUAAUAUUUAAUGUCCCUUAUUGUCCCCAAUUAUUUCUAGAUUUGUCCCUGAUUGGUUGAAAGUUACGCUGACAACAGUACUGCUGUAAAUACUUGUAGUACAGAACAGGAUCGCUGUGAGGGGUGCACGUGCAUCAAUUCCUUCACGUAACAACCUUUAACAAUUGUGUGUCACUUUGAACUCAGUCUUCUACUCACUUUGAGGAAGUUUACACUUUAUAAGUUUGUCUGCCGGACCUUAGUGCGAAACUCCAUAACGAUUUACCUCCAACGGGUUGACUGGCCUUGGCGAAACAACAAAGUAAAAGUACUUAUCAGAAAGCAUGGAUGCUCCUCAGUGUCUUAUUGAAGUAAGCAAGGAUGGAAAAAUGACUAUCAGACCUGAAACGCUACAGGUUAUGAAAGAAAUCAACAAGCGUAUAGUUAUUGUUGGAAUUGCUGGCAUAUACCGCACAGGAAAAUCGUACUUAAUGAAUAGACUGGCUGGAAGAUAUCCUGGCUUUUCAGUUACCCCAGGAGUACAGAGCAAUACUAGAGGAAUUUGGAUGUGGUGUCUUCCACACCCAAGUAAAUCUGAUUGUGUUCUGAUGUUACUUGAUACUGAGGGACUUCAUGCAAUUAAACAGAAAGCACAAGUCAGCAGCAAGAUUUUUUCACUGGUUGUUCUUCUGAGCAGCACACUAAUUUAUAACAACAUGGGAGUAAUCAACCAGCAUCUCUUAUUAGAUCUACAAUUUAUAACUGAACUGACAAAUGUCAUCCAAGUAAAGACAAAGACCAGAGAAGAAAAGUGUGAAAAUUAUGCAUCUUUUUUUCCUGACUUAAUCUGGGCUUUACGGGACUUUACAAAUGCUCUGGAAAUAGAUGGUCAGAAGUGUACUGCAGAUCAGUACUUAGAAUAUGUUCUGGAUUCAUUGUCAGUCUUCUGA